AUGUUUAACAGAUUCAAAUUGGAUUUUGGUAAAUUGAAAAUUGAUUUGAAAUUUAUCGGAGAUAUAUUUAUACUAGCUGGUGCAGGAUUAUCAGUUUAUUAUUUAUUGAACACAAUACUAAAUGAAUAUUUAGAUAAUACGAUAAAGAAUAAAGAAUCUGAAAAAAAGGGUAAAGGAAUUUUGAAGAAGAUUCAAAAUUCAAAUCCUCAUUUAAAAAAUAUAUCACUAAAUCAAUAUGAAAAAUCAUUAUUAAAUUCAUUAGUUACUCCAGAUGAAAUAUCAGUAACUUUUGAUGAUAUUGGAGGAUUGGAAGAUAUCAUAGACGAAUUAAGAGAAGCAGUAAUAUUACCAUUAACAGAUCCAGAAUUAUUUGCUGUCCAUCUGCAUUUAAUCAGAUCACCAAAAGGGGUUUUAUUUUACGGUCCGCCUGGUUGUGGGAAGACAAUGUUGGCAAAGGCUAUUGCCAAAGAGAGUGAGGCUUUUUUCUUGUCGAUUAGAAUGUCAACUAUUAUGGAUAAAUGGUAUGGAGAAUCAAAUAAAAUUACAGAUGCUAUUUUUUCAUUGGCAAAUAAAUUACAACCUUGCAUUAUAUUUAUCGAUGAAAUUGAUUCAUUUUUGAGAGAUAGAUCCUCGAGUGAUCAUGAAGUAAGUGCCAUGUUAAAAGCUGAAUUUAUGACCUUAUGGGAUGGUUUAAAAUCGAAUGGGCAAAUAAUGGUGUUGGGUGCGACUAAUAGAAAGAAUGAUAUAGAUGAAGCAUUUUUGAGAAGAAUGCCCAAAACAUUUCCUAUAGGUAAGCCUAACACCGAUCAAAGAAAAGCUAUUUUAACAAAAAUUUUAAAGGAUGCAAAAGUCGAUGAAAAAGAAUUCGAUCUUGAAUAUAUUGUUCAAGCGACUAGGAACUUCAGUGGAUCUGAUUUAAGAGAGUUAUGUAGAGAGGCAGCGAUUUUGCCUGUUCGUGAAUAUAUCAAAGAGAAUUAUAAUUAUAAAAGUGGCAAACUUAGCAGGGAUGAAAACGAUGAUUUGCCGGUUCGAUCCUUGAAAACAAGUGAUUUUACUCAGAAUCUCGUGACAGGAGUAAUGAAUGGUGGAAUGCAUACAAUGGCCCUUGAUUAG